CACCACGAUUUACAUGCUCGUCUGCCGCUGUCGCCGGUGGUUCUCUCCCUUCGCUUCUCGAUCUCCCGUCUGCCGCCCUCGCUGCCUCUCCUCGUCGUUUCGUUGCCGCCGGUUGCCGACAUGGGAAAGAGCGUCGCACGUGGCGGUUCUUCCGAGGCUAAACCCAAGGAGAAACCCUCCCCAGUCUCCUCCCACAAAGAUGAGGCCUGCGCCGACGCCGUCAUCCAGAAGCGCACCCCCCUUCCCGAGUCCAUCGAAGCCCAGCAGAAGGCGGAGCGCCUCAAACACGACGGGGAACCCAUUAGGUCCACCUCCAUAAACUCUACAUCCAAAGGAGGAGGGAACAUCAGGUCCACCUCCAUCAAUGGCGUGAAGCUCUACUCCCUCUCGGGCCAGCGCUCCGUGGCCACUUGGCUUCCGCCCAAGAAGCUCAGAGCCCUUCGCAAAGACAAAGAUUACAUGCAGAGGGUGGACUUAAUUCAAGAUUUAAGAUUUGAGACUGCAACAACCAAGAUAAAGGUGACUCCUGAUGGUGACUAUGUCAUUGCAUCAGGUAUUUAUCCUCCUCAAGUUAAAGUGUUUGAGCUGAGAGAAUUGUCAUUGAAGUUUGAAAGGCACCUUGUUUCAGAAAUUAUUAAUUUUCAGGUACUAGCUGAUGACUAUUCAAAAAUUGCAUUUCUGUGUGCUGAUCGAUCCGUGUGUCUACAUGCAAAAUAUGGAAGUCACUACAGCUUAAGGAUUCCACGGAUGGGGAGAGAUAUUGCUUAUGACAGUUGGUCCUGUGACUUGCUAUGUGCUGCUUCAUCCCCAGAUCUGUACAGGAUUAAUUUGGAGCAGGGACGUUUUUGGUUAUCACUCAACAGUCAAUCACCAGCUAUAAAUGUUGUUUCUCGAAGCACUGUUCAUGGGCUUGUUGCUUGUGGUGGUGAGGAUGGUGCUGUAGAGUGCUUUGACUUGAGGAAGAAAUCGUCUGUUGGUAGAAUUAAUGCUGUUGCACCUAUUGGUGAUUUUGGUCAUGAAGUUACCGCUUUGCAAUUUGAUCAUGCUCAGGGUUACCUAAUGGCUGUUGGCAACAGCACAGGAAAGGUAUCAAUUUAUGACCUGCGUAUGUCUGAUCCAGUACGAGUCAAGGAUCACAUGUAUGGUAGUCCGAUAUUGAAUAUCAAGUGGCACCAGACUCUCAAUUCAGCUGAACCAAAAAUAAUUUCUGCAGAUAGUCAUAUUGUUAGAGUAUGGGAUCCCAACACGGGUGAGAAUAUGACCAGCAUAGAACCGAACUCUGGUGCUAUCAAUGAUAUAUGUGUUUUCAAUGAGAGUGGCUUGAUGUUACUGGCUUUAGACAGCAGCCAGAUACCAGCCUACUUCGUACCUGCACUUGGCCCUGCCCCAAAGUGGUGCUCGUACCUAGAAAACCUGACGGAAGAAAUGGAGGAAGAAUCACAAAUGACCAUUUAUGAUGAUUUCAAAUUUUUAACUAAAGAAGAGGUUGAACGUCUGAAACUUACUAAUUUGAUUGGCACCAAUCUCUUGAGGGCCUACAUGCAUGGUUUCUUUAUUGAUUAUCGUCUAUAUAAGAAGGCAAAGGCUUUGGUGGAUCCUUUUGCAUAUAAUGAAUACAGAGAGAAACAGAAGAAAGAGAAGAUGGAGGCUAAGCAAGCCUCACGUAUUACGAUACAGAAAAGGCUGCCUAAAGUAAACAGGCUCCUUGCAGCUCGCUUGCAUAUUGCAGAAGAAAGUGAAAUGGAGAAUAUGGAUGACACAGUUGGAAAAAAGAAAUCAAAGAAAAACAGAAGAUUAACUAGUGAUAUCCUUAGAGAUACACGUUUUACAGCAAUGUUUGAGAAUAAGGACUUUGAAGUGGAUGAACUGUCACAAGAGUUCCUUUCCCUUCAUCCCCAAUCUUCUAAGAAGCAUCCCUCCCUGAUCGAGGAACAUUUUGAGGCUGUAAAGGAGGAUUGGGAAGAGCAGGGGACCAGUGAUUCUGAUGCUUCAAUAGCUUCGCAGGAAUCAGAAGAUGAGCUUGACACGGAUGAGAAUACAGUUAAGAAGUCGAAGCGCAUGAGGUUAUAUGAGGUGAAGGACGAACGCCAUGCCGAAGCAUUUUUAAGGAGUGUCUCUCUGGCCAAGGAGGAUGCCCUUCCUCUUGGAGAGAGGGUUGCUGCUCUUGAGAAACAACAAUCAGUUGGUACUCUGAAUGAUGUGAAAUUUGGACCUGGUGGCUCACGGCAAAUCUCUUUUACCUCCAAAAGCUCAAAGAGACAGAAAGUCGAGCAGCCUGAAGAGGGAAAAAGAAGGGGAAUCCAGUCCCUAGGAUUAAAGCGAAGUAAAUCAGAAUUUUAUGCUAUGGGAAAGCAAGGUGGUAGAGGGCAACGUGGUCACGGCAGGGGCCGUGGAAGGGGGAGGAGAUAAAGUUGGUCAAUUCAACUGCCAUCCGACUAGCUGGACGGUUGAGGCAUCCGGGUGGCUUUCCACAGGUUACUGAUGCCCUCCUCACCAGCAAUAUGCACAUGAUUUACUGCUUGAAACAGGUGGUACUAUAUAUACAUAUAUGGAGAAAGAAAUUGGUCAAAUACGUAGAGCACCUUUUGAUCUGCUCUGGCAUACAUGAAUUGUGAAAUGCAGAAGAAUUGGCAUACGAUGUUCAGAGUAGACUGUUGUUCUUGGUGUUUCUCUUGACUGAAGGGUUCAAAGACUGGGAUCAAUUUUGUAGAUCAAGCGAGUCUUUAUUGAUCAGUAGUAUUUCUGCUUGUCAGCUAUGGACCAGAGCGUCCACAAGGCUUUUUUGUUUAAUAGUUUAUCAAAUUAAAUUGGUUUCAUGGCUCAUCUCGGUAAUCUUUUUAAGAUAGCAUCUUGGUUGAACUAUUAGAAAAUAUGUGAAUGAGUACGAUAUGUUAAAAAUCAGUAACAUUUCACUGAUGCCAAAAGUAAGCAUCGGGGUUUGGUUAAA